CCCGGCGGGGCGCAGCCGCCGCGGGCUGUGGCGAGGCGCAGGGCCGCCGGAGCCCGGCCCCUUUUCCCGGGGAUGAAGCCGGUGGGCGCUGCGGGCGGGGCGCGGCUGCCCCGGGCCCUGCGCGCUGACGGGCUCCCGCCGCAGGCGCAGGUGGACGACACCGAGGAUGUGUCCCUGGAUUUCGGGAGCGAGGAGGAGCUGGCGCUGCGGAAAGCGCGGAUCAGGCACCCACUGGCCACCUUUUUCCACCUGUUUUUCCGAGUGAGUGCUAUUGUUACCUACUUGUUCUGUGACUGGUUCAGCAACAGCUUUGUUGCCUGUUUUGUCACUAUUCUCCUCCUUCUAUCCUUUGACUUUUGGUCUGUCAAGAAUGUGACAGGAAGACUCUUGGUUGGUUUGCGUUGGUGGAACCAGAUUGAUGAAGAUGGAAAAAGUCACUGGGUGUUUGAAGCAAAAAGGGUGCCUACAACAGCUGCCUCAACUGAAGCUGAAGCCCGAAUCUUCUGGCUUGGUCUCAUCAUCUGCCCAGUGAUUUGGACAAUGUUUUUCUUUAGCACCUUGUUCUCCUUGAAGCUGAAAUGGCUGGCUCUCGUGAUUGCUGGGAUCUCCCUCCAGACUGCUAAUUUAUAUGGCUACAUCCACUGCAAGUUAGGGGGACAAAAAACCAUCAGCAGAGUAACCUCAAGGUUGUUUGGCACCACAGAUGUUCCCAAGAGUGAGUACUGGGCUUCAGCCCAUGGGGUAGAACAGCCAGCCUGCCUCUCAGGGCUAGUGCUGGCUUUUCCUGGGUCUCAGUUCCUGCAGUGAGUCCAGGAUAAUCCUGAUUCUCCACCAAGCCUCUGGCAGUGUCACAUGGAAGAGCCACAACCCCAGGUCACUUUGCUCCAUGUUUGGAAGCCUGUUGAGCUCCACAGCUGAGCUGCUUCCAAGCUCCAGAAGAAUGUCCUUAAGUUAAAUCCUUGGAGUUGCUAUAAUUCUAAUGCCUCUGUUUAAGCAGAGCUGGAAGAGCCAUCUUCAACAUUCAGGCUUCCAGCUGGCAGCUCCCUGCUUUUGGAAGAGAUCCCUGUGCCCCAGGUUAUGCUUAUAGCCAUGUGUGCUCUGUUCCCUCAACAGGACAGAGCAGGAGAAUUUCAGAAGAUGGCAUUGAAGAACAUGGGAAGACAGGCACUAGGUAACCAAACAUGGAAGAGCUAAAGGAUGAGCAGUAAAAAAAGUAAUGAAAGUUGUUCUUCAUGGGAAGAUAUAUAGACAAAGCUCUUCUAGAAUUAUGCCUGCAUGAAAUAAAGUCAUUUGUGUUUGAGUCUUUACAUCCUGGAAGGUUUAAAACCUUUGUUAUUUAAAAGCUUCACCAAAAAAUUGUUUGUGUGAGCACAGACAGUGCUCAUGGUUUACAAGGAGCACGCUGCUUUCAGAAAAGCUGUCAACUAACCUCAAACUGUUGGAUUAUCUUAACCAGAAAUUACAUGUAAUGAAAAUAUGAUGCUGAUUUGCUUAACUUUGGAACUACAAUAAACAAAAUCAAACUGCC